AUGAAAAAUAAAUAUAAGGCGGUGAUACAGUCAUUAUUAGAAGAAAGGGAUAAAUUAAAUCUUAAGAUUAAAGAAAUGGAAAUUUAUUAUUUGAGUAAAAUAAAAUGUUAUAAUGAGUUAAUGAAUGCUAAAAUUUCAGAUUUAAAAAAUGAUAAUGAAGAAAUUAAUUUGAAAUACUUGAGUGUAUUGAAGGACAUGUAUUAUAAAUAA